CUCCAUCUGAUGCAUGCUAUACUAUGAGGCAAAGCGCGCCGAUUAUCUGGCGCGUAAUAGCUUCCGAUGCCUUGCGAGAUGACCUGAUGCUUGAACCUUUCCUUAUUUCCUGACUUCGACUCUGCAUCAUUGUAAAGCUGAAAACCGCUGUGUAACGCGCCUCGAAGCUUCACUUAUACAUUUCUAACUUGAUUCCACCAUACGUAGCGACAACAUGUCUUCAGCAGAAACGUCAGACGCCCCAAGGCAAAUUCGCGCUUCAGUCCUUCAUGGCGCGAAGGAUCUACGAAUUGAAAACCGCUCACUCUUCCCACCUUCCCCCACAGAGCUCCAAAUCAGCAUCCGCAGCACCGGCCUAUGUGGCUCAGAUCUCCAUUACUACAGGCACUACCGCAAUGGCGAUAUCAUCGUGCGAGAACCAAUGUCGCUGGGUCACGAGUCAGCUGGCGUAGUAGUAGACGUAGGCUCAGAGGUAUCGAAUUUCAAAGUCGGAGACAAGGUCGCACUGGAAGUUGGACAGCCGUGUGAGAACUGCGAUAGGUGCAAAGAAGGGCGGUACAACAUCUGCAAAGGCAUGAAGUUCCGGAGUAGUGCAAAAGCAUUCCCGCACGCCCAGGGCACUUUACAAGACCGUAUCAAUCACCCAGCUGCUUGGUGCCACAAACUACCAGAGGAUAUGUCUCUAGAUCUAGGCGCCCUCCUUGAGCCUCUGAGUGUCGCCAUCCAAGCAUCAAAACGCGCACAACUAGCACCAGGUUCAACCGUCUUGGUAUUUGGAGCCGGAGCUGUAGGCUUGCUAGUCGCGGCUAUGGCCAAAAUAUCAGGUGCUGGCACAGUUGUGAUAGCAGAUAUCGAUGCUGGGCGAGUGCAAUUCGCAGUCGAGAACAAGUUUGCGCACCGCAGCUUCACAGUGCCUAUGAAGCGUGGAAGCACAAUAGAAGAGCAACUGGACAUCGCCAAGGAGGUAGCUGCCGAGGUCGGAAAGCUAUCGAAGGAAAGUGGUGGUGAAGUUGGCGAGGUGGAUGCCGUAUUCGAGUGCACCGGUGUGCCGUCUUGUGUGCAAGCAUCGAUAUACGCAACACGACCAGGUGGCAAAGUUCUGCUAAUUGGUAUGGGUACGCCCAUCCAGACGCUUCCCAUUUCCGCAGCUGCCCUCCGCGAGGUCGACAUCGUUGGUGUAUUCAGAUAUGCGAAUACAUACCCCACUGGUAUCGAAGUCGUAUCAAAGCAGGGCGAUGACUACCCUGCCUUUGCCAAGUUGGUAACACAUACCUACAAGGGCUUGGAGUCGGCCGUCGAAGCGUUUGAGAUGGCAGGAAAGACAAAGGACGAUAAUGGAAAGCUAGUCAUCAAAGUUGUACUUGAGACUGGCGAGGGAGACAAGGCUAAUCUUUGAAAAAGUCGAGUUUGGUGUUCAUAGGUGUUAGAAGAUGUAGCAACAGAAGCAUGCAGUCGAGAUCUCAGGCUCGCGUAACGUCAAGAUGUUCAAC